AUGGAUCAUGAUGAAGAUGCCAGGCUCCUAAGUGAACAACUCAUGGGAGUUGACUCCUUUGAAGAUCAAAGUUUAGGGGCAAAGAGGAGCUCUCUCCUUAGUUCUUCCAAACCACAUAGAAUUAUUGAUUAUGCUGAAGGAGUUCAAAAAUCCUUUGGAGAAUUGAACCCUGAGGAAUCAGAAUCAAUUCUUGAAUCAGAAAGCGACGAUGUCAUUGACCAUGAAAAUUAUAAAGGCAUCUAUUACGAAGACAAUACUGAAAAAUAUGAGUGUCCCAUUACUGGAGCUCAUUUUGAGUAUAAAGAUAUGUGAGAAAGACUCAAUAAGAUAAAGCUAGAAGGCCGUAGAAGCGAGGAGAGAGAAUCUCUUUCUGGGUCCUUUGAUUUCGACAAUUUUGUACUUGGAAAUCUCAAUGAACAGAGCAGGAAUAAAAAUGAAAUCAAGCAUUAUCAAACAGAAAAUAAAGAGAAUUGAACAAGUAAUAUCAUUAAAGUCGGAGAUUUAAAACAGUCCUGAUAUAAGAACAGCUACUUGGAACAGAAGAAAGAUCUAUCUGAGCUCCGUAAAUCCCUCAAGACUAAGCAGAGAAGAGCCUGUAGAAACAAUACAGAAGGUGUAGAUCUAAAAUGAUUCCCUACUGUUGAAGAUUCAUUCAAGAGCAAAAGUAGACAAAUGAAGGAGAAGAAGCCUUUAAAGAUCCUUUUCAAGUCUAACCCGAAGUUUCCUCAAAAUCCUAAGAAACUGUCCAAAGUGGCUGCAAAACCACAGACAUUUUUGAAGUCAUCCCAUUGUAUCAAAAAGCUUGAGAAAUUUAAAAGAAGCAAGAGCAGGACUAAAGAUGGAAGGUCUGUGGUAGAUAUACAACUGAAACAAAACCCAGACACUAAGAGGAACUUCAAGGUAAAAUCAAAGAGUAAGAAAAGAAACAAUAUGAUUACUUCCAGUAUGGGCCGAAACACUGUGAAUUCUAUUGGGAAAUACUCAAAUCUGAAAUCAGGCAAAAAGAUGCCAGUUAACAUUAGACAAGAAGAAAGAUCUACUAAAAGAGGGAAGAAUUCCUCAAGGAAAAGGUCUAAGAUAGCAAUAAAUCUUAAGAAGGCAAAGCCGAAGAAUGGGAUAUACUGAAGAAAUAGCAUUGCCUUGCAUAAUCCCAGAGCCUUUUGCAAGCUUAAUAUGUCCUCUGUGGAGAGGUCUACUGGGGUUUCUAAAAAUUCAGGGUUAAAACUCAAGACUAAGGGUAAUUCAAGGAAUAACAAGGUUUCAGUUGACGGAGCUUCUUCAAUGUCGUUCUGUAACAACUUUAAUCCAAAUAUUCAAAUUGUUAUCCCAUCAACAAAACACAUCAAGAAUAUUAGUAGAGUUAAUGCCCAUACAAUGAACGGGAAGAAGCAAGGAAUGGUGAUAGGAAGAGAUAUGUCAAGGAAGAAAGGUAGCAGUAGAAACUCUUACUCAGCAUCUUCUAAAUACUCUUGAGAUGGGCUCCAGAGACAAUCAACAUUCACAAAUGUGCCCUACAACUGCUCAAAGUUCUAAUUGUUUCAAUUGGA